AUGAGCGCCACGGGCACCGUGAAGUCCUUCAAUGGUGCGAAGGGCUUCGGUUUCAUCGAUUGUGGCACAGGAACAGAUGUCUUCAUCCACAUCAAGGACUGCAUUGAUGGGAACCAGCCAGCCGCAGGCGAUGUGCUGACGUUUGACCUGGAGCCCAGCAAAUCCAAACCAGGCCAGAUGCAGGCCAAAAACGUUAAGGGUGGGACCGCUGUGAAAGAGCAGCCUGGCGCCACGGACCCGUUUGGCUCUUUCGGAGCUGCGAAAAGCAUGGGCACUAGACAAGGAACCGUCAAGACCUUCAAUGCCGAGAAAGGAUUCGGCUUCAUUGCGGUGGAGGACGGCGGGCCAGACGUGUUUCUGCAUGUGAAGCAGUGCGUCGGCUCCAUGCCCAAGCCUGGCGACGUGGUGACCUACGAUGUUGAGCCUAGCAUCAACAGACCAGGUCAGAUGGUCGCAAAGAACGUAACCGGUGGAUCGAUGCCACUGACUACGGCUCAGCCGCAGGCUGGAGCUGGAUAUGGACCAGUCCGGACUGACGUGACCCAGCUUACAAACCCGUAUGCGCAGAAUGGCAUGAUGGGAGGCAUGAACAUGGGCUGUGCUGGCUUGGGGAUGGCAGCAAUGCCUGGCUUGGGCCUCGGUGACAUGAGUGCCAUGGGCGGGAUGGCGCCCCAACUGGGCUGCGCUGGCUUCAGUGGCUGCGCCGGAUGCCCCGGCUGCGGCUGCGGCGCCUGUGGCUGUGGCGCUUGCGGCUGCGGUGCUUGUAGUGCCUGUGGUGGGUGCGGUGCCUGCAGCGGCUGCGGUUUAGGCGAUUGCUCUGGUUGUGGAGCAUGUGGUUGUGGCGGCCUCGGCGACUGCUCCGGAUGCGGAGCAUGUGGUUGCACCGGGUGUGGACUAGACGGCUGCGGAGCAUGCGGCUGCGCAGGCUGCGGAGCCUGUAGCAGCUGUGGCUGUCCACAAGGAUGUGGUUGUGGCCUGAAUGGUUGUGGUGGCUGUAUGCCUGACAUGAAUGCCUUGGGUGGCUUUGCUGGCUGUGGUUGCGACGGAGGCAUGCCGCAACAGCUAGGAGAGCAGGCAAUGGCGCCAAUGGCGGCCAUGCCCCCCGGGGCCGAGAUGGGGUCAGAGGAAGUUGGCCAAGCGCAUUAUCCACACGAGCAGGUGGAGGGGGGCUCUCUUCCUGCUCUACCCGACCUUGCCAGCAGGGUUUCGUCUGCGCUGGAUCUCCAAGCAGAGCCAGCGAACCAACCAGCAAAGGAUUCCAGUGAGCUUCCGGCCCACGCAAAAGACAAAGAGGUCACUCGGCGACUGCAGCUUCCCGCUGAACCUUUUGUGGACAGCUACUUGGAGCAAAUCUAUCCCAGCAACUAUGUUUCCAGCCCUCACUCGGCAGUCACGACGAAGCUGCUCUCAUCAGAGGCGGGCUCACGUGUCUCAUCACCGCAGCGAGGCCCGUCCGUCCGAGCAGGCUCUGCUCAGAGCCGUGGCAGCUGUGUAUCAAUUUCCAGCACAGGCUCUGCAUCAUGGAAGCAGCAGAUCAAAGGUGCGCGGCAGAAGCUGUUGGAGAGGUUCUGCACCACAAAGCGUGCGUUCGAUGCUUUUCUCGGGACCAUCCGCGAGCUCAAGAGGCUUCGGUAUUGGACUGGUGACAUGCUGGACGUUGAGCUGCCGCAAGAGCAGUUCUGUGCCUUCCUGACCAAGCACUUCAAGAACAUUCCGAAAGAGGAUCACAUGAACAUCUUCCGUUUCUUCGAUACGGACGGGAGUGGUGAGAUCUCACUCGGUGAGUUCUAUGCAGUGGUCGAGGCAAUGUCCCCAGUGCGCAGCCUGGCCGACCUUCGGUGCAGGUGGAUUGCUCUCGGAUACGGUUCAGCGUGCAGGGCAAUGGAGGUGAUGGCAGCACGACACACCUGGGGUGUGCGACGAUACAGCUGUCAGCAUUUCGGGCAUCUCCUGAGCAAAGUGGGAGUGCUGGAAUGGGAGGAGCACCUUUAUAUCUUUUCAGCUGUCGCCGCUCCGAACAUGUCGGGCACUGUUUCCCUUGCUGAGCUUUAUGCGGCCCUGGGUUCUGUGUCCCCAGUUCUGCUGCUUGAGGAGUGGCGGCAGCGCCUGGAGACGAUGUAUCUUGAUGUGGAAAAAGCUUAUGACCCUCUGGAAGACAUCACCACCCAGGCACCUCUUGACCUCAGCAAGUUUGUCGUUCAGGCUGGAGAGCACUGGAACAUGUCGGUGCUUGAGGCCAAGAGGUUCUUCAGGCUCUGUGAUUAUGACCUCAAGGGGAAGAUGACGAGGGCGAAGUUCCUCGCUGUCUUCAAGCUGGUCAAGCCCACGCUCAUGCUGGAGCACCUCAGGAGAAAGCUCAGGCUGUUCUACGCAACUUUGCUUCGCAAAGUUCGGUCAGUGAACAAGAAGGCCAGCCUGGAAGCAUUGGCCAUGACCCUUCUGAGCAACUUCUUGCAGUACAAGCAGGACCCAAAGAUCUCGAGAAAAGUCGUCCCGGAUGACUAUCAGAGGACAUAUGACCUCUUGCAGCUCACAGAGAAGGACACAGCGCUGCUCUUCAGCCUCGUUGAUCUUCGAGGUUCGGGGAAACCCGACCCGGUUUUCUGGCACAUGCUCAAGAACUUUACGCCUUCUGUUGUCCUCGAGGACUUGAGCCUUCUGAGUAACAACAUCGCUGCCAUGACUCUCAAACAAGUGCGAGAGGCUCAGAAGCUGCCGGCGUGGCAAGCGAGGCACCUCGGUCUGACGCGUGACCCCACGCCGGAGCUACAAGUCUGGUCUGAGUUAGCAGAUGGCAGCAGGGAGUCUCCCUGGCUUUCGCAGCUGAUGCCCGGCUCCGCCGCCAGGGCCGCCGGCUCCCGGAAGGAGGCCGCCAUGCUGGCUCCACUGGCUGCCAUCUCGUCUGGACUUGGAGGCACGCGGCCGUUGGCCGAAUCCUCAAAGUACAGCCUCCGCCUCCCCGAGGCCCGUUUGAGCCAGGUGCUCUCGGAUGUCUACGGUGAACUUGCCGGAGUUGAGGUGAAGGCCGCGAACUUGCUGGACCUGCUAGAAGACACGAGCAGCCAAGGUCUCCCGAGGCAUGCGCCCGUAGGUGGCCUAUCGAUUUCCGAGCUAGCAGCAAUGGUUGGCUGCGUGGCGGCCGCGGACGGCAUCCCAGCAGAUGUGUCGUCCGAGGGCCGGGAAGCUCGGGCGCAGCUGGAAGCCCGUGCGCAUUUCGGGCCUUUUACGGACUUUGCAGUGGACCUCCGGGAGGAGGUCCGUCAACGCAUUCGCGUCGCGGGCUUGCCAAAGCCUUUGCCGAUGGGAAGUCUUGAGGAGCCGCAGAGCUACGUCAAUGCCAGCAGGGAGUUGGACCCGCAGGCCAACUUGACAGAGGAGCCAAUCGAGACGGAGGGCUCCCGUCUGGCCGAGGUAAUCAGUGAAAAGCUUGAGACUUUGAAGCUGGUCAAGGAUGACAACCUGCGGGAGUCUCUCUCUGCCGAGGUCUGCGCUGAGGUGGCUCAACGCCGAUUCCUCCAGCAGGACAGUAGAGUAGCUGUUGUGCAUCAUGUUCCGGGCUCACAGCAGUGGGAGUCUUUCUACCGGCCCAUCGAGGACUGUUCCAGCUACACUCCGGACGUGAUCAUGAUGAACAAGAUGAAAAACUACUUUCUGGACAUGGGUGGCCUCGUGGAGGACCAAGAGGUAAUGCUUGCCAAGAAACAGCGCUUCUCGCAGCUCAAGCGGCUGAAGACAGCCCCAGGCCCAUGGUAUUGGCUGUACCAGCAGAUUCCGGAGGUCUUCAUGCGGCAACCCUCGCAGAGGUGUGUUGCGAUGCGUCCUGUGGUCAGAGCAUCGCCGCCAGAUGUGGCCAAAGCUGUCGAGACCUGGGCACAUGCCGACCGCGAUUGGCGGUUGGAAAAUGGGAAGUGCGAGGAGCUCCUGGCGGAGAACAAGCGCCGGGUCGCCGAGGCUGAAGCCUCGAGUCCAUUGCGCAGCCGACGUGACGCUACCGAAAGGGAGAUGGAGGCAGUGCAGCAAAGCAUUGAGAAGCUCUCUGCAAAGAAGACUGCCAUUGCUGCUGACAUUGAGGAGCAGCGACGAGCAGAGGAUGCCAGCAAGUCGCGGGAGGCUGCGAGCUGCGGAGAAUUGUCCCAGGCCAUGAAGGCGAGGCAAGAUUUGGCGUUGGCACUGAGUGGUGCAGAGGAGAGACAAGCUGCGUUGGAGAAACAAACCCGCUCAAUGGUCAGCCGCGACGUCCUCACCAGCGCGGUGGAGGAGGCGGAACGGCUCCAGGAGCAGCUGCUGACCCAAGAG